AUGAAUCAUAACAAGUCUGGGAACUUCAGCAUCAGUCCUCCUCCUAACAGCGGCUCAGGUUCCGUGGACGAACUGGUCAUCACUUCGACUUUUGGGACGUUGCUUUCGCUAGUGUAUAUAGUUGGGGUGUCGGGAAAUGUAUAUACGCUUGUCGUGAUGUGUCACUCUAUCCGGUUCGCUACCUCCAUGUACAUCUCCAUCAUUAAUCUUGCGCUGGCCGAUCUGCUUUACCUCUCCACCAUCCCGUUUGUGGUUUGCACCUACUUCCUCAAGGACUGGUACUUCGGAGACGUGGGCUGCCGUAUUCUACUAAGUCUCGACCUCCUGACCAUGCAUGCGAGUAUCUUCACACUAACUGUCAUGUGCACCGAGCGCUACCUGGCAGUUACCAAGCCGCUGGAUACCGUUAAGCGUUCCAAAAGCUACCGCAAAGCCAUGGCCGGAGGCGUCUGGAUGCUGUCACUGAUCCUCACCCUUCCCAUGAUGACUAUGGUCAACCAGACCACCAAACACGCGGACGGCGGUGUGAAAAGGAUGUGCGCGCCCACCUGGGGAGCAGAGGCGUACAAGAUCUACCUGACGAUCCUUUUCAGCACGAGUAUAAUGGCGCCCGGAAUAAUAAUUGGGUACCUGUACACGAAAUUAGCCCGCACGUACUUAGAGUCUCAAAGGAACUCGGUCACCAACAAAGGGAAUAAGCGCUCUCCAAAGCAGAAAGUGCUAAUAAUGAUAUUCACCAUUGUACUGGUGUUCUGGGCAUGCUUUCUCCCAUUCUGGAUUUGGCAGCUUCUUCCCCUGUACCACAAGCCCUUGAGUUUGGCCUCCCACACCCAUACCUGCAUAAACUACCUGGUGGCCUCUCUCACUUACAGCAACAGCUGCAUCAACCCUUUUCUCUAUACACUUCUCACGAAAAACUAUCGGGAGUACCUCAAAAAUCGCCACCGGAGUUUUUACCGGUACACAUCAUCCUUUAAAAAGCGUCCUCCCAGCUUGUACUCACUGGGAAAGUCGGCGUCCUCCAGUAACCAGUUCGACUUCAAUUCUGAGACGCUGGUAAUGGGAACGCUGAAGGGGAACCAGUGA